UGCGAUCUUCUUCUUGUCUUGCUCCUCUUCUGCAAUUGCCACCGUUAUUGAGCAAGUCCGGCGAUCUCCAAGAUGGACAGGAAUAUGCAAGACCACAGGGAAGAGGAUGAGGAGGGGGUGCAUCUGACGCUGGAUGAUGUCCAAGACGUCAUUGAGGACGAUGGGCAAGACGGCGACGAGCCCAUGGACGAAGACGACGACGAUGGUGACGAUGGCGAGCAACAGCAGCAGGCAUUCGAGGACACGAGCUUAGCCGCCUUUUACGCUCACAAAGACUCUGUCUUUCACCUUUCGCUCCAUCCGAGCUACCCAAACCCGCCGCUGGCAUUCAGCGGAGGCGCAGAUGACAAGGGCCGAUUGUGGGAUACAAGGACGGGCGAGGCGCUGGUCGAGCUCGGCGGACACACUGAUAGCGUCGUCGCUGGUGGCUUCAGUGCGACCGGAGAGUACGUCGCCACCGGCGGUCUCGACGGCAAGGUCAGAGUAUGGAAGCUGCACCCGGCCCCGGCAGGUACAAAGGGCUUUGAGCCUCGGGCCGUCGAGGAUGGUCAGGCCGAACGCAGAGAGUGGGGUGCAUGCCAAUUUGUCACAAACCUCGAAGGGCCCGACGAGAUUGUCUGGACGGCCUGGCACACAAAGGGAAACGUCAUUGCUGCCGGUGGGUCCGACGCAACGGUGUGGAUGUGGAAAUUGCCGGGGGGUAACGUCAUGAACGUCUUUUCGGGGCAUACGGCCGCCGUGACAUGCGGACGCUUCACGCCUGAUGGCAAGAGACUCGUCACGGCGUCGGAGGACGGCUCACUGCUCGUGUGGGACCCUCGAUCCACGUCGGCGCUGUCAAAAGUGUCGCCCACCGACACGCGCUUCAACAUGGACGCUGGCAUCACGUCGCUCUGCCUGAGCCCAGACAGCAAGCUGGCCAUCGUGGGCGGGGCUGCUGGCACAAUCCGGAUCGUGAACCUUGCCAACAUCGAGGAGGGAGGCGCCGCACUUGUUGUUGGCGCUCUCGAAGGGCAUGCCGAAGGCGAGAGUAUCGAAGGAUUGGAAUUUGUCGACUUGCUCGGCAACACAUCGGGGACCCAGCCGCAAGCUGCACCGAGAGCGCAGGCGAAUGCGGCCAACUUUGCCAUUUCAGCAGGCACAGACGGAAAGGCAGUCGUGUGGGACCUGUCGACUGGCAAGAUCAGGUGCGAGGUGAUGCACGACGAUGCAAUCACGUCCAUGACGCUCCAUGGCAGCGGACCCAUCUUUUCGACGUCGUCAGCAGAUGGAACGGCACGGACGUGGGAUGCGAGAACAGCGGCAAAUUUGGCUGUGCACAGAGGCUUCACCGAUGGCGUCCUUGCCGUCGUCGCCGGGCCCGACGAUGGUUACACACAAGGAGCAGAAUCGGGUGGUGUUGGAGCUUACGUCAACUUGGCAGACAGCAAGGGCUGGAAGGUCAUUGCAGCAGGCGACGAAGGUGUCAGCCUCGUCUUUAGAGUAUAGAGUGUCUUCAAAUGUCAUGAUGUCCUCAUCCA